UAAAUAUUCAUAAAUAUAAAUGGCAGACCCUGACUUUGAAAACUUACUGGAUUCAGAAGAAGAAGAUUUUGUUGACUACUACGAUAUUGAAGAAGACCAACAAGUAGAUGAGGAAGAUGACCCACAGGUCAUCCCUCCUGCUAGUUCCAUGUUCGAUGUAGAUUUUGGCAAAAGUACAGGGUCUUUAGGCCCAGGCCUUUUUAGUGAGACACCAGGACUGGGCUUUGGAGCCAUGCCUGCUUUCUCUAAUAGUGAUCCUUCAAACGGAGCUAUGGGUGUAGCUGCACUUGAAACAGACUACAUCGAUCUUUCUGCAGUGAAAUGUUGAGAAGUUAAGAGAUUUGAGCCUAACAAAUCUUCAGUUGUCAUAAACAGCUGCUUAUAAAGAGCAAAUCAUGAGAAAAUAAUUCAGAAAAAAGAAACGUAACAUUUGGAGAGACAACCACGCAUUAUUUUGAUAAAUAUGAGGAAGAAUAUAGUGAGGACCUCAAGAAAUACAUCUAUGGUGUAGAGCCUCCUCCUGAAGAUGACGAAGGAGAAGAGGAUUACUUCAGCUCUGAGCAGCUCUCCAAUCCCUUCGAUAAUACUCUUAACAGUGAUCUCGUAGAUAAGCCAAAACAUGCCUUUAAGACUUGUUCUGACAUCGAGCGGGAAAAGGCUGAAGAAAAGAUAGUCAAGAACGGAUUGGACCAAAGCCAGGAGGACGGUACAGAACGGUCUUCAUUUGUUGACCAUAUCAUUGGCCAAGAAGAUGAUACUGCACUACUCACUCCUACAUCUAUCAAGAAGAGUAUUAAUAUAAAAUUUCCUCAAGAACUUUCCAUCAACGAGAAUGAGAUCCCCACUGACGAAUCACCUUUCGGUGAUGAGAGUGAAGAGACCAAGGAAUCUGACAUGAAGCUCAAAGAGAAGUUAACAGAUCUUUGCAAACUUAACGUCUCCUUGGCUGAUAGCCACUACAAGAUAUUCGAUAUGAUCCAGUCCUUGGGCAGCGCUAUUGAGAAUGGAAAUCUGCAGGAUAUCCAGACCUCUUUCAGCCAGCUAAAGAGCCAAGCAACAGAAAACCUCAAAAUUGCUGAUAAAAUGGAAAAGGCUAAAUAUUUAAAAACUGAAGAACCUAUUGAAGCAGUGCAAGAUUUUGACGACCUCCUCUUCGAUGACCAAGAAGUUGAGAGAGAGGUAAGAGAGUCCUUUGGGUAUACCAAGGCGAUUGCACAGCAGUUGUAUACACUUCCGAAUGCCUCUUGAGACUUCCCAUCCUCCUUAGCCACACUUCAAGAUCAUAUUUCUAAAAAUAAGAUUGAUAUCCAACAGGCUUUGAGUCAUAUAGCCAGUAAGAGCACUGGGACGAUAAACACGAUAAUCUUUACAAGACUCAACAGAAGCAUUGAGAGCCCUCUUACCUCAAUUGAGCAGAUCCAGCUGUUCAAUUCUAUCAGGAAAAAGUGAAACAUGAGGGUGGAGAAGAGCCAGCUGGUGGACAUACUAUGAAGCUAGCUGGUUCCUUCUUAGAAUUAACCCAGGUUUGUUCCUUCAGGUCUAGGUUCAAUCU